UCUUAUAUAUUCAUUUGCUUUACAGAGAGGCCCGGAUAUUGUUAUGGUUGAUCAUAGCCUCAGCCAUAGCCGUUGGCAUCUAGAGGAUGAGCGCAUAAUAGCAGCUGUAGGACGGGCCGGCUUCUUGACAUGUUCAAAGCUUCGUUGGAUGAGGCUCGAUUGGCCCCUACUCACCGCUUUGAUAGAUAGGUGGAGGCCGGAGACCAACACUUUCCACUUCCGAAUGGGAGAGUCUACUAUUACGCUACAGGAUGUAGCUAUGAUACUUGGUCUCCGCAUAGAUGGUCCGUGCGUUACCGGCAGUGAUAGACAUUUUUGGCCGGACAAGUGUGAGGAGUUGUUAGGUGUAGCUCCAGAGUCAAUGCCUGGAGGAAAUAUUAAAUUGAAGUGGCUAAAAAAUACCUUCUCGGUGCCGUUGCCUUUUGAUGCGCCGCCAAUAUUGAUUGAGCAACAUGCACGUGCAUACAUUAUGCACAUGAUCGGUUCAAUAUUAUUUCCAGAUUCGAGUAAAGAUAAAGUGCAUGCCAGGUGGUUACCACUUAUCGGGGACUUGGACACGUGUGGUGCGUUAUCGUGGGGUAGUGCGGUUUUGGCGUACCUAUAUAGAGAGAUGUCUAAGGUUGCAUUCAUGAAAAAUAGUGACCUCAAAGGGUGUCUCAGCUUACUGCAAGUAUGGGCAUGGGAGAGGCUGCAUUUGAAGCCGAGACUAUGCGUGAAUUUACAAUUAGACGGACAAAUUCCACUAGGAUGCAGAUGGAAUGUCCAAAAAUGUUUUGACGAGACCCCGGCGAGACAGUUAGAUUUCUACCGAAAUGAGCUUGACCGCAUGAAGAUUUUUCAGAUGGAAUGGGAGCCCUACACCCCAUUUCUCGAUCAUCUACCCCCGAUAUGCACAGAAUACCCAGUUAUAUGGAGAGCCAGAGUUCCUCUAAUAUGUUUCGAGAUAGUAGAAAUGCAUGUACCGGACCGCGUGCUUCGACAAUUUGGUCUUGCACAACAUGUUCCACAAAUUGUUGAAAAAAUAGAGAGGAAGGCGAAGAAAGGAGGCCAACAAAAGGAAUGGCAGCUGAGCAUCAAAAUUAUAUACACAGAUGGAAUGAUAGACAUUUUUGUAUCAGCAAUAGAUGAUGUUCAAACCAUUGCAAAUAGUGGCUUGGAAUUGGCUCGAGCAGGUACAUAUCCCGAAGCACAGAAACAUGCAUCAAUAUAUCAGUCGAUAAUGCAGAGGCUUCACCAAGCCUUACAUCGAACUCAUGAAGACCUUCAUGAUGGACGAGAAGUACCUCAAUUAGUAUACACACGUCAACAACGACACAGACGAGGACGACGCAGAAACGACAAUGAAGCUGGGCCUUCCCAACGUGUUGACGACGGAGCUGGACCGUCACAACCACAAACGCAACCGGAUCAUGAACUCAUCGAAGGUCGGGAUAGAGGAGGCCGAAGACAAAGGAGGAGGAGAAGAGUUCUUGGAUGUAUGUAA